CUCAUAGAUCAAACUUCUCUAUAAGGAUAAGAAAAUGGAUGGAUCAGCUGGUCAAGCCAACAGUAGUGUGGAUAUGUUUUUACGUAACUAUAAGCUUGGGAAAACGCUUGGUAUUGGUUCAUUUGGUAAGGUCAAAAUUGCAGAACAUGCUUUGACAAGGCACAAAGUUGCUAUCAAGAUCCUUAACCGUCGCAAGAUAAAGAACAUGGAUAUGGAAGAAAAGGUUAGAAGAGAAAUCAAAAUAUUGAGGUUGUUUAUGCAUCCUCAUAUUAUACGACUUUAUGAGGUUAUAGAGACACCGACAGAUAUCUAUGUUGUGAUGGAGUAUGUGAAGUCUGGUGAGCUCUUCGAUUACAUUGUGGAAAAGGGUAGGUUACAGGAGGAUGAAGCUCGCAAUUUUUUCCAGCAGAUAAUUUCUGGUGUAGAGUACUGCCACAGGAAUAUGGUGGUUCACAGAGAUCUUAAGCCUGAGAACCUGCUUUUGGAUUCCAAGUGCAACGUGAAGAUUGCUGAUUUUGGUCUGAGCAAUAUCAUGCGGGAUGGUCAUUUUCUGAAAACAAGUUGUGGAAGCCCAAAUUAUGCUGCCCCAGAGGUUAUAUCUGGGAAAUUGUAUGCUGGACCUGAGGUAGAUGUAUGGAGCUGUGGGGUUAUCUUGUAUGCACUUCUUUGUGGCACCCUUCCUUUUGAUGAUGAAAACAUUCCUAACCUUUUUAAGAAAAUAAAGGGUGGGAUAUAUACUCUUCCCAGUCAUUUAUCACCUGGCGCGAGAGAUUUGAUUCCAAGGAUGCUUGUGGUUGAUCCUAUGAAACGAAUGACUAUUCCUGAGAUUCGUCAACACCCAUGGUUUCAAGCUCAUCUUCCACGAUAUUUAGCUGUGCCCCCACCAGAUACACUGCAACAAGCAAAAAAGAUUGACGAGGAGAUUCUUCUAGAAGUUGUUGAGAUGGGAUUUGACAGGAAUUAUGCCCUUGUUGAUUCUCUACGCAACCGAAUACAAAAUGAGGGUACUGUUGCAUACUAUUUGCUAUUAGACAACCGAUUUCGUGUUUCCAGUGGCUAUCUUGGAGCUGAGUUCCAGGAGUCUAUGGAGUAUGGUUACAACCGCAACAGUCCAAAUGAUUCUGCUGCUUUAGCUGUGGGCCAACGUUCUCCAGGAUACAUGGAUUAUCAAGGAAUCGGUUCAAGGCCCCAGUUCCCAGUUGAGAGGAAAUGGGCUCUUGGCCUACAGUCUCGAGCCCAUCCUCGUGAGAUAAUGACAGAGGUUCUCAAAGCUCUACAGGAACUGAAUGUAUGUUGGAAAAAGAUUGGGCACUAUAACAUGAAAUGCAGGUGGAUUCCUGGCAUUCCCGGUCAUCAUGAAGGCAUGAUUAAUCCUAUGCAAAGUAAUCAUUUCUUUGGGGACGAAUCGACCAUCAUAGAGAACGAUGGUGUUAAUAGGACACCCAAUGUGGUCAAGUUUGAAGUGCAGCUUUACAAAACUCGCGAAGAGAAAUAUCUGCUUGAUCUACAGAGGGUCCAGGGCCCACAGCUUCUAUUCCUGGAUCUUUGCGCUGCUUUUCUUUCUCAGCUCCGGGUUCUGUAAAACGAGAAGCCGCCUGACGAGACAGAUGCCUCUUGUCGGCGAAUCUCACCAUGCUUCUGAAGAAUAACUUAAAUGCCUGUAAAUAACCGGUCUUUCUUUCCGUUCAGUUCUGCGCUCUCUGAGCCAAUCUUUUUGUUGGAUUCAGUAGUAGUUUAGGCUUCUGCUAUGGCAUGACAGUCAUUUUGAACCAGUAAGUUUGGUUAAUGUUAUUAAUCCUUAAGUUUCUAUGAAUUUCUAAUUAAACUUUCUUUUCUAUUCUUGUAUGAGAUUCUCAUUCUGCCUCUUAAUUCCUGCCUUCCAAACAUAGUGAAGAAGGAGAAGAAUAUUGCUUCGUCUAUUUCAUGAUAUAUGAAUGGAUCACAUCUUUACAACA